AUGCAGCUGCAGAGCAAGCACGACUCGGCCACCAGCUUCGUGGAUGCCGGCAACGCCUACAAAAAAGCAGACCCGCAAGUCCUUGGGGUGCCGCUGGGUAGCCGGCACCGUCUUGGCCUGCCGCGCGGACCGGCACGCGUGGGCGAGUCGUCCCCAGGUGAUCCCUGGCGCUUCGGCUCUACCGAAGCCUUUGCUGAGCUUGGCACGGCGCUCCCGUGGGGCAAUCCUGCCCCUUCCGGGUGCCCCUCUGCUGAGCGGCAGCACGGCGGGGUGGGCAGAGACGCCCAGCCCCGCUCUGUCAGGGCUGCGCUCCUAAGCGAUGCAUUCUAUGGUGGCGAAGCCUUGUCGCGCUGCCCUUGUGAGCGUUUGUUGUCAUUGUCACCUGCGUUAAACCUGCACUGGACUUCGGGGGCUCUUAACAAGUCCAGGGGCAAAUUUCCACGGGCAGCCUCAUGUUUUGAGCGUGGCUGCGCCUCCCUCCACCCCGCCGCGCGGCGGAACGGAAAAGCUUGUGCGAGCGUGGUGGCUGCAGGCUGGCCUGAGCGAAAGCCGUACCUCCGCAGCGGCGUUCAGGCGCGGUGUUUCUGUCCCCAGGCGAUCGCGCACUACGAGCAGGCUGCGGACUAUUACAAAGGAGAGGAGUCCAACAGCUCGGCCAACAAGUGUCUGCUGAAGGUGGCUGCCUACGCCGCGCAGCUGGAGCAGUACCAGAAGGCGAUAGAAAUCUAUGAGCAGGUCGGAACGAACACGAUGGAUAAUCCUUUGCUCAAGUACAGCGCGAAAGAGUAUUUCUUCAAAGCCGCCCUGUGCCACUUCAUCGUGGAUGAGCUGAACGCGAAGCUCGCGCUCGAGAAGUACGAAGAAAUGUUCCCUGCAUUCACAGAUUCACGGGAGUGCAAGCUAUUGAAAAAACUGCUGGAAGCCCACGAGGAGCAGAACUCCGAGGCGUACACCGAGGCGGUGAAAGAAUUCGAUUCGAUAUCGCGGUUGGAUCAGUGGCUUACGACCAUGUUGCUCCGCAUCAAAAAGUCAAUCCAAGGAGAAGGGGACGGCGACCUGAAGUGAAGCGUCCCUGGCGCCUGUGGCAUGCAGCCGGAGUAACCUGGGCCUGCGUCGCAGCCAAGGACCGCUGUGGGAUACGUGAUAAGCCACCUAGCUUUGUUUUGUCGCUUCCACCUCAAUGACGUGUGUGUUCCUUUAGCCUCCUGCUCUUUGUCGUGACAGCGUGGCGGGGGGGAGAAGCGAUGCCCUGGGUCUCCCCGGCAGCCCCCCUGGCAGAGGCCCCCCCUCGGGUUUGUUAGCUGUGAGCCCAGCGGCUGCUCUCGCAACUGUCGUUAUUUUUCUCCUGCUGUUCUGUCUUAAGGCUCAGUCUCGGUGAUUCCAGCAUGUAAAUACUUUGUCCACGCCGGCGCGGUCCCAAUAAUGGCUUCCAAGCUCGUGCUGUGUUGUUGCCGUUGUCUGUUUCUACACGGACCCCUCCUCUGUCGGAUACACUCGGACCUUGUGCUUUUGUUGGUUUGUUUUUCUAAAUGAUUGAGCUUUUUUAACGGUAAGGCUGUGUGGGUCCCAUAUAGAGUACGCACGUGCGCGUAUACGUCCUGUACAGACACCUGUGUGCACGUGCGGCACGCGUGCCGACCUGGCGCUGAAAGCAGCAGCGGCGAGGGGCCAGGGCGGCGUCAGCCCUCGGGACAGGCGGCGCGAGCAGACCUCGCUCCUGCUGUGUUUUGUAUUUCAGAUCUAAAUAUAAAACGUAAGGGUCUUCUCUAUUUUCUUGGAUCUAUUUUUCCACUCACUUUAUUUUGUGGCGCGUCCCAGCCCUCCUACC